AUGAUGCAUCGCGUCUCGGCUGAAGCCUUUGCGGGCGAAGUAGAAAUCUCCGAAAUUGAGCCCGACGGCAGGUUGUCCGAGGCGAUGGGGUUGGAGGUGAGCUCGGCUCGGGUCUUUCUUCAACAGACUCCUCAUCAAAAGUCGCUUCAGACGUCGUCCGGCUGCUCACGCGACUGGAUCCUCUCUUCGGGCAACUGCCUCGCCCGCCCCGGCUCGUCCGUAGCCGCGGACACCGCCUUGCCGCCCACUCAGACGACCGACUCCGCCAUCGGCGCCGAUCCGCGAGGGGGCCUCGGUCUGCUCUCCUCUCGUCGACGCUCGGCAGUCGCUGUUGCUGCCGACUUGCACCGACGUCGCGAUGGGCUCGACGUUGAAGCCGGCUCGCUUCAGACGCCCUCGCCCCCGACGACUGGCCAGACCGGAUUCGCCCAUGUCUGCAGCCUGUAUGAAGAUGUUCUCGCAGUCUCAUUCGACGCAACCCAUUUCCAG